AUGAUAAUUACUAUUGGCAUAUUGAUUUUAUAAUCCAUUAUAUUAGCAAUUUAUAAUGGAGUAACUGAAUAAACAGAUAAUUACUAUUUGUUAAUAGAUUUACUAUUAAUAUUUGGAUGUUUUGGAUAAAAAAUAUUAUUAGUUUUACUUAUAGGAAGUGUUUGUCUCUCAAAUGAAUUAUUAAAGAUGGAUUAAGAUGUAAAAACCAUAGUUUAUAUUAGAUAUUAGGUUUUUAUCUAAGUAUGAGAUUAUUAUUAAGUUCAUACAUUCUACUUGACACAUCUAAAAUAAUAUAUUUUGUGUUUUGCCUCUUUUAUUUAAUUUUUAGGAAUCAUUAUUACUUAUAACCAAUGUCAUAUCUAACCGUAUUUGGAUAUUUGAUCUUGAUUAUUCGAAGUAAUCAUUUGAAUUAAUAAUAAAGCUCUAUAUAUAAAGUAUAAAACACCAAACAUUGAAAAACAUUAGAUUGAGUAAAUCUUUGAUUUCUUUUAAGAAUCCCUUCCUAUUUCUGUUUGCAUCAUUCAAGAUGAGUGUAUGAUAUGAUUUAAUGUUAGAAUACAAGUUCAUGACGAAUUAAUUUAAAAUUGAUUAUCAUGGACUUACACCUUAAAUUAUAAAGAAUAUUACAUCUAAAUCAAAUAAAGAAUGUCUAGCAACUUAUUUAAAUUAAAAAAAGUUUUAAAAAAAUAGAUAAUAUUAAUAUCAUAGUAAAAAACUAUUUGAACAUUGUACUCUUGAAACAUACUCAUCAUCAUUAUAAUAAAAAGAAUAAAUUAAAAAUUACUUUCCUGUUGAUAUUGAUGUACUAGAAAUUAUUUGGGAAUAGUAGCCAGCUAUUAUGCUGAUUUUCUAAUCAUAAAAUGAAAAAUAAUAAUAAUAAUAAAUUUAAGAAUUAAAAUUGAGAGACUAAUAUAAAGAUGAUCUUUUAGUAAGUGUAUCACAUGAUUUCAAGACACCAAUAAAUGGAAUUGUUGCUAUUGUUUAAUAUUUAGAAUAGUAUUUAUUAUAAUAAUAAUUUAUAUAGAAUAGUUAUUGAUUAAAUGGAAAUUAAUUAUUUAAUUAUACUUAAAAAAUGGGCUUAAUUAUUAUUGUACAUGAUCAGUGAUAUACUAGAUUUUUCAAGGAUUCAAAAGAAUUCCUUAAGAUUAACUAAUACAACUUUCUAUAUUUAAGCCAUUGUUUAAGAAAUUAUUGAUUUAGUCUCAUUGUAAGCAAAUCAGAAAGGCAUUAUUGUAUAAAAGAAGAUUACUUUUGGAGAUAGAUUAAUGUAUUCAGAUCCUAAUAGAAUUAAAUAAAUAUUAUUGAAUUUAUUGAGUAAUUCUCUAAAAUUUACAGAAAAGGGUAAAAUUGAUAUUGUUGUUGAUUAUAAAAAUAGUGAAAUUGAAAAUUAACAAGUUAGACUUAUUACAAUAAGUGUUUCAGACACUGGAGUAGGAAUUCCUGAUAAUAUUAAACCUAAAUUAUUUUAAAUGUAUGGAACAUUUGAUUUCACUAAUAAUGGAUCAAAUAAACAUGGUAUAGGAUUAGGUUUAGUAAUUUGUAAAAAAUUAGUAGGAUUAUUAGGACCAACUGAUAAUAUAGAAUUGAUAAGUCAAGUUGGAAUAGGUUCUAAAUUUAGUUUUGAUGUUUAUAUUAAUAAUGAUUAAAGAAAUUUAACAACUAUUACUAAUUCAAAAGAAAUGACAAAUUUUUAUAAAUAAGAUACAAAAUAAUUGUAAUAUGAUUAAAAUUCUGCUAAUUAAUUAUUAACAUCUUAAUUUACAAUAUUUAAUUAAUCUCUUUUAGCACCUUGUAUAUAAAAUUAAAAGAAAUUAAAUAAAAAAGGUAUUUCAACUCUUCAAGAUAUUUAAGAUAGAAAAUUAUCUAAUUCAAUUUAUUAAUUAAGAAAGAUUUAAAGAAAAGAAACAUAAAAAAAGUCAUAAAUUAUACAUGAAAAUCAUGGUAAUUUUGGCAAUUUAUGUUUUUUAUGUAGUGUUGAAGAUUCUGAUCAUUCAAAAUAAAAAAAUAUAGAAUAAUAUCUUGAAUUUAGUAGUGAAAUAAUUCAUGCAAAAUAGAUUUAGAAAAAUAAUAAAUAAGUUGAUAGCUCUAUGAAUACUCCUCUAUAUAAUAUUGAUAGUAUGGAAUCACCUGCUACUUAAAAUAGACCACGUAAACCUUUAAAAAUAACUGAAUCUAUUGAUGAUAUGAUGAAAAUGCUAUUCCCAGAACCAUGUACAAUUUUAGUUGUAGAUGAUUCACCUGUAAAUGUGAUUGCAUUUCGAUUAAUUUUAACCAAAUAUGAUUUUAUUACAGUUGAAGAAGCAUAUAAUGGAGAAUAAGCAAUUCAAAAAAUAAAAAUGGGUAUGAUAAAUGAUAAAAGAUAUUAAUAUAUAUUUAUGGAUUUAACAAUGCCUAUAAUGAAUGGAUAUGAAGCUACAGAAUAAAUUCGAUUGUUGGUAAUUGACAUCAUAUAAUAUAAUUAUAGGAGAAUAACAAUCUAGUUCCAAAAAGCUAUAUUAUUGCAUUGACUGGAUAUGAUGAUUUAAAAGAAAAAGAGAAAUGUUAAUAAAAAGGAUUUGAUGCUUUUGUAUCAAAACCAAUUAAGAUUAUAGAUAUAAUCUCUGUAAUUAAUGAAGUAAAGAAUUCAAAAGAACCCUAAAUUUGA